AUGGUCGCCGACGCCCUCAUCUACCACCCCUCGGUGGCCCACUACCUGCGCUUCAUUGGCACCACCGUCGGCCGCGACAAGCUCCUCCGCAUCGUCCAGUACUUUGCCCGCUUCUACGCCUGGUACCUGCUGCGCACCAACGGCACCGCCACGGCCAUCGCCCCCUGGGACGCCCUCAAGAAGCAGUUCGGCCUGGCCCGCAAGCUGCUGCGCAUCGGCAAGAAUGUCGAGCACUUCAAGGCCGCUGCCACCGCUGCCGACGCCAAGUCAAGCGACCCCGUCCUGCGGUACACCUCGGUCGGCCGCCAGCUGGGCUACGCCGGCUACCUGACCUGCGAUGCCGCCACCGUCCUCGAUGCUGCCGGCGUCCGCAAGUGGGCCGGCGCGAAGCGCAUGCAGCAGGAGGCCUACCGCUUCUGGGCCAUUGGCAUCGUCUUCAGCGUCGUCGGCCAGCUCUACAAGCUGCACACCCUGCGACAGCGCGAGGCCUUGGUCGACAAGAAGGAUGGCGAGGGCGUCGUUGAGAGCAAGCGCAUCUCUAUCGAGCGCUCUGCCAGCAAGCUCCAGCUCUUCUGCGAUCUUUGCGACAUGACCGUCCCCUUCUCCGGUGUCGGCUGGAUCGCCUUCGACGAUGGCGUCGUUGGUCUCACUGGAACCAUCAGCAGUAUUAUCGGAGUCUACAGCCAAUGGAAGAAGACAGCCGCCUAA